AUGGUUGGGGAGGAGGUGCCUGAGAGUAUGAAGAUGGAUGUCCGUAUUCUGGGCCCGCCUGCUGCCCGUAGUUGUAAUUGCCCUGGAAAGGAAGGAAUGCCACGAAAAAAGGUCCAUGCAUUGAUGCUGGUGGCCUUUGCUCCCAACUUGGUGGACCAAAGUUGCUCCUGGGAGGCUGUUGCGGAGGAUAAUUACCGUAAGAUGAAGGUGGAUACUGGGAGUUUUGAGAAGGAUAUGUCCCUCUCUGUGGAUAAUCAUAACCAGAGUAUUGUGCAUGAUGCGAACCACGAGGUCCCCAUUGUGGAGCAGCGGGCCCACGUGGAGGACGACCCUGCUGGCUGUAUCCACCAGAUAGAGGUGAAGACCUCAUGGUCUAAAUAA